AUGAAGAAGAAGCGCAGCAUGCUGCACCACAUCUCGACGUUGCUCUGGAAGAACCGUAUCAUCAAGCAGCGUCAUUGGGUCACGACGCUCAUCGAAAUUGCAGUCCCGACGCUCUUCGUGCUCCUCUUUGCCUACUUCAAGACACUCACGGACAACGAAACCAUUCCAAGCGGCUGGCCGCUCAGCACGAACGCCGUGCCCGUGACCAUGGUCAACCCCUACGCGACGUCGGCGUUUGGCGCCGCGUCCAGUCCGGCCGGCGUCUUUAUCGCGUCCGAGCCGUCCAUGACUGGGCUCCUCCUUGGGCUAUCGUCCAUGUCGUACGACAAGCUGGGCGUGGACGAUCGCAGUGCGUCGCCGGCGUCGUGCAAGGUCCCGUUCACUUACAUGGGCUAUGUCAACGUCGACCCGGCGUCCCCGUUCGCUGUGCCCACGAGUUGCCCGGCCGGUUUGAUUCCGCGCAAAAUUGCGAUUGCGCCAAAGAACGAGUAUACGACCAAGUACUUUGGCGGGCUCAUGGCGCAGUGGUACCCUCGUGUCGCGCUCAUGAACCGCACCGUCCCCGGCUUCAAGGACGCACUCACCGUCCCGUCGUUUGCCGACUCGGUCAUGUACUUUGACACGGCCGAUGCGCUCCAAUCGUAUAUUUCCGGCUCGGACUAUGGCUCGUCGCGCCAGAAUCCAUUCCUAUACGCUGCAAUUGUGUUUGAUUCGAUGCCGGCGCCCGGCAGUGUCGGGUCGGUCGAGUACACGCUCCGCAUGAACUCGACGCAGGGCCGCGGUGGGUCCGCGGGCGUUUUGCCCCAUACCAAUGGCCAAGCGUACCCGGCCGUGAACCCGCUCCAGAAGGACAUUGAUCGCACGUGGUACACGUCGUAUACCAAAGCCGGCUUUGCGACGCUCCAGACGCUCGUGACCAAGUUCUUGGCGUGUGCGCCGUCGUAUGCCAACGGCGCAGUCGGCGCGUGCACAACGACCAAGUCGUCGGCGCCGCUCUCGCAAGCAACUGCGCUCGGCGAGCAGCUCUUUGCGGACGCAGCUGUGCUCGGGGCUAUGAAAAACAUGAUUUCAGACGCUACGAUCCAGUCGCAGCUCGGAUCCCCGAACGUCACGGCAUUUGCCGAGCAGAUUCCGCUUAUUGCGUGGGGGCAGCUCGCCAUUCCGCUAUUGCAAGCGCCGCAAGCGCUCUUGGCCGCGACAACGUACCCAUUUCCAAUCCCGAGCUACAUCUCGGCGCCGUUCUACGACUUGGUCGGCAACGUCUUCCCGCUCGUCUUUAUUCUGGCGUACCUCUACGCCGUCUCCAAGGUGCUCGUGGUGCUUAUCCAGGAAAAGGAAACGAAGGCGCGCGAACUGAUGAAGAUUUUGGGCGUGAGCGAGACGUCGAUCGUGUUUUCGUGGUUCGUCACGUACCUUGUCAUCUUCCUCGUCGCGUCGAUUUUGCAAUCGCUCGCGGCGACGAUGCUCUUUCCCAAUACGGACGGCGGUCUUCUCUGGAUCUUCUUCUUCCUCUUCUCGAUGACGAUCUGGGCGUACGGCUUCCUUGUCUCGACCUUCUUUUCGAAUGCGCGCACCGGGUCGCUCGUCGGCGUCUCGCUCUUCUUUGUCAUGUACUUUGUCUCGGCGGGCUUGACGAGCGCCAGCGAAGGCGGCAAGAUGCUCGCAUCGCUCCUCUCGCCUGUCGCUCUCGCCAUGUGCAUUCAGACGCUCGCAGCGUCCGAAGGCGUCUCGGUGGGCAUCACGCACAGCACGGCCAACACCGUCUACUCCAACUACCGCUUUCAAGGCGGUCUGGGUAUGCUCGUGCUCGAUUUCUUUUUGUAUGCGCUGUUGGCCAUGUACCUCGAGCAAGUCGUGCCGAAGGACUAUGGCACGCCCCAGAAGUGGUAUUUUCCAUUUUCACCAAGCUACUGGUGCGGCGCGGGCAGUGCGCGGGGUCCUGCCAAAGUCGGUGAAAUGAAAGUCCUGGAUCCGUCCGUCAAGAACGACAACAUUGAGACCGUCGGCACCGAGCUCGAGAAACAAGAGUCGAACGGCGAAGCGCUUGUGAUCCAAGGCAUUCGCAAGGUGUUUUCCGUGCCCGGUGGCAAGAAGAUUGCGGUGAAAGGCGUCGACCUCGUCAUGUACAAGGACCAAAUCACGUGUCUUCUGGGGCACAACGGCGCCGGCAAGACGACGCUCAUCUCGAUCCUCACGGGCAUGAUCCCGACGACCGAAGGCGACGCGUUCUUCAACGGCCACCGCCUCACGACGCAGAUGAGCGAGAUCCGCAAGUCGCUCGGCAUGUGUCCCCAGCACGACGUCCUCUACCCCGACUUGACAGUCCGCGAGCACUUGGUCUUUUACGGCAGCGUCAAGGGCUACACGGGGCGCGACCUCAACGAAGCGGUCGAUGAAAAAAUCAAGGAAGUCGGUCUCACGGAGAAGCGCCAUGUCUUUUCGACGGCGCUCUCGGGUGGUAUGAAGCGCAAGCUCUCGAUCGCGAUCGCACUCCUCGGCGACAGCCGCCUCGUCUUCCUCGACGAACCGACGUCCGGCAUGGACCCGUACUCGCGCCGGUCCACGUGGGAACUCAUUCUCAACAACCGGAUCAACCGCGUGAUCGUGCUCACGACGCACUUUAUGGACGAAGCCGACAUCCUCGGCGACCGCAUCGCAAUCAUGGCCGAAGGUCAAGUCAAGUGCUGCGGGUCGUCGCUCUUCCUCAAGAAUCGGUUUGGAGCUGGUUACAACCUCACGAUCGUCAAGGAGCCAACCGUGAAUGGCGACGAGGACAAGAGCCAUGCGCUCACAGCGUUUAUCCAGCAGCAUGUGCCCACGGCCAAGCUCCUCUCCAACGUCGGGUCGGAGAUUGGCUUUCAACUGCCGAUUGACAGCUCGCCAGUCUUCCCAGAAAUGUUUCGUGCGCUCGAGUCGGCCGAGACGCGGGCGUCGCUGCGCGUCGCGUCGUUUGGCAUUUCGGUCACGACGCUCGAAGAAGUCUUCAUCAAAGUCGCUGAAAUGGGCGACGACGACGGCCAGCACACGCUCUCCAAGGAGAAGGCGACCGCAAAGACAAGCAGCUACUCGAUCCAGAAGCACUCGCUCUCGCGCUGGACUAUGUUUGUCAAGCAUUUUUUCGCAUUGCUCCAAAAACGGUUCCGCGUCGCCAAGCGGGACAAGCGCGUCAUGAUCUUUAGCACGCUUCUCCCGUGCCUCCUCAUUCUCAUUGGUUUUGGCUUGCUCUACUCGAGCUCGCUCCUCGAAAACGACCCGCGACUCCGCCUGGAUCUUGCCGAGACCAAGGUGGGCUACGCGCUCGGCGCGCAGACCCCGCUGCCCUACUUGUGCAACAGCGACGUCGGCGGUAUGUGCACCGAUUGGGCCAAGGCCGCGGCGCGCGGUGUGCCCACUGCCAUGACCACUAGCGAUCUUACUGUCGUCGACAGCUCUGUGACCGUCUUCAACUAUUCCUACGGGCCGAGUUUGCCGCAGGCCGCACAGCUCUUUGGUCCGGCCGUCGAGACGUGCGUGCUCACGGCCGAGCACCUCUACAAGCGCGGUUACGCGACCAAGAUUGGUGGACAGUACGGCGGCUACGUUCUGUACGGCAACAGCACGAGCAACAUGAUGAGCUACUCGCUCUUUGUCAACACAACGUCGAUCCACGCCGCGCCCGUGUACCACGCCGCGAUCGACGAAGCGCUCGUGCGCUACGUCAACGGGCGCAAUGACAUUUCCGUGAAGGUCAACGUGUACCCGUUCCCGAUCACGGCGCAAACGAAAGCGCUCUUCAGCUCGUUCUUGUCGUUCACGGCGUGUCUCUUCAUCGUGAUUGCGAUGACGUUCUUUCCUGCGUCCAUCGUCACGUUCCUCGUCAAAGAAAAGCAAAAUGAGUGCAACUCGAAGCACCAGCAGCUCGUCUCGGGCGUGAGCCUGCCGGCCUUCUGGCUCUCCAACUACUGCUUUGACCUGCUCGUGUACAUCGUCCCAUUCGCCGCCGCGCUCAUCAUGAUCAAAGCCUACGGGAUCCAGUCGCUCACGGGCGACGACUGUGCGGCGUGCGCGACCAACACGCCCCAAGCAGUCUUCCUCCUCUUCUUCUUCUUUGGCUUUGCGAUCGCGCCCUUUACGUACUGCAUGUCGUACUGCUUCAAGGAAGCCGCGUCAGCGCAAUUUUACACGCUCAUCAUCAACAUGGUGCUCGGCCUCAUCCUCAUGAUCGUCUCGUUUGUCUUGGACGUCAUUUCCGAGUCGGCGAAGGAUGCGAACGUGUACCUCAAGUACAUUUGGCGCCUCUCGCCGCUCUUCAACCUCGGCAACGGACUGCUCACGAUGAGUCUCAAGUCGCUCGUCGGCGCCAUCACCAACUCCAAGACUGUCGUCAGCGCCUACGACUGGGACAUUGCGGGCACCGAGAUUAUCUACUUGGCGCUCGAGUCGGUAGUCUUCUUUGGCCUUGCCCUGGGCAUCGAUGUGCUCUUGAGCUUUCCACGGAUCAAGGCCAUCUUCUCGCGCGACCCGCAGCUCGACGUCAAGGACGAUCACGUCGACGACGAGGACGUGGCCGCAGAGGCCAAGCGCGUGCUCGACGGCCUUGCCGAUAAGGACAUGAUUGUCAUCAAGCGGCUCAAGAAGGUGUACACGGGCAACAAAGUCGCGGUCCGGAACCUCUCGUUUGCACUGCCAAAAGGCGAGUGCUUUGGGUACCUUGGGAUCAACGGGGCGGGCAAAACGACCACGAUGAAAAUGCUCACGGGCGACAUUUUACCCACGGGGGGCGCCGCGACGCUCGGCGGCUUUGACAUUCUCACGCAGCAGCUCGAGCUCCGGCGGCUAAUUGGCUACUGCCCGCAGUUUGAUGCACUCAUUGAGCUUCUCUCGGUGCGCGAGCAUUUGGAGCUCUUUGCCAAGAUCAAGGGCGUGCCAUCGGCGGAUAUUGCAGGCGUUGUCAAGGAGAAGUUGACACAAAUGAACCUCCAGAGCUUUGAGCACAAGCUCGCGGGCACGCUCAGUGGCGGCAACAAGCGCAAGCUGUCGGUGGCGAUCGCGAUGAUCGGGUCACCACCCAUCAUCUUCCUUGACGAACCGUCGACCGGCAUGGACCCGGUUUCGCGCCGGUUCAUGUGGGACAUCAUUGCGGACGUCUCGACCGCCAACAAGGAGUCGACGAUCGUGCUCACGACGCACUCGAUGGAAGAGUGCGAAGCGCUAUGCACGCGCGUCGGCAUCAUGGUCGGCGGCCGUCUCCGCUGCCUCGGCAGUGUGCAGCACCUCAAAUCGCGCUUUGGCGACGGCCUCAUGAUCGACUCCAAGCUCAACGUGCCGUCGCCAGUCCAGCUCGGCGAUUUCUUUGCGCGCUCGGUCCAGCCCGUGUGCCAGGCGGCAAAGGAUCUCGAGACGCAUCUGAGCCGGGACCAGAUCACCAAGCUCUGCGGUGACUUGGGACAAUCUGAUCGCGCGGGCUGGAUCGCAAAGUCGCACUCGACGGGGUAUGCGCUGGACGCAGUCCUCGAGCGCGACAGCAACGUGUCGCUCUCGCUCUUUUGCGCGUGGUGGGUCGGCGAGAACCAGUUUGUGGCCUACGACAGCUUUCUCCGGUCGACGUUUGCGCGCGUCGAGCUCCUCGAGCGCCAGAACGAGCACUGCCGCUUCAAACUGCACGACAGCGUGGACGCCAAGCUCAAGCUCUCGGACGUCUUUGCGAAAAUGGAGGCGCACAAGGUCGAUGUCGCGCUCAAGGAGUACUCGGUGUGCCAGACGUCGCUCGAGCAAAUCUUCAAUGCGUUUGCGAGCCAGCAGGACGAAGAGAAGGGCGUCGCACGCGGCAUGGAAGUCAAGAAGAACGUUUAAGUCGACAUCAAGUCGAUACGUCACUAAUGCAUUUCUACAUGAACCACAGAGAUAAACACAAAAACACUGCUGUAUUGACGACUUGUACAUACA